AUGUCGAGACCGAUCACUCCUGUUUCACCAAUUCAAAGCACUCAUCCCGAUGCUUCGGUAUAUUCCGCGCGACCAACGAGUGCGAAACCAUCUUCUCGACCCGUAUCCUACGCCGGCGCCCAGCAUACGGAGACUGUAUCGCACCCAAACCACUCUCAAGCUGGAUUACUGCAGGAUCAAUCCGCCGUAGCGCAAGCCGCCGAGUUGCACGAUGAAGUCGUCCGCCAUACCCAGGAGUCACCGGAGCUCCCUCACACUAACUCGCACAUGUCAGGGUCGCAGACUUUGUUGCCAUCGAGAGGUGGGACACUGAAAAAGAAGGCUUCCCUUCACAAGAGCGCGAGUCUGAAAAGGACUGCUAGCAAAAGAAGCAGCUAUGCUGGCUCAGUGCGAAGCAUGCCAUUGGCAGAAAAGGAGCAAUACGGCGAGACCGAAGAGACCAACAGCGUCUUCUAUUGCCCAGUUCCGACCACGGGGAAUCCUACAGAGCUUCUCGCUGCGCGAUUUCAAGCAUGGCGUAAAGUCCUCAAGGAUCUGAUCAAUUACUUUCGGGAACUGCACAAGACAUACGAGAUACGGGCAAAAGCGCUCAUGUCGACCUCCAACGUCAUCAAUAACACCACUAUCCCUUCCAACUUCUUAACAUCCGGUGGUUUGGGCGACGCCGCGUAUCUUCUACGCGAUUUUCAUAAACAAGGCCUCAAUGAAGCCAACAAGGCUCGAGACCUCGAGAAUGAGGUCAUUAUUCAACUUACAGGUCUGCGGAGUGACCUACAACAGAAAAUCAAAGAGAUCAAAAGCUUGUCUGGUGACUUUAAGAAUUCAGUAGACAAGGAAAAGGAGGCCACCAAAAAAGCGAUCCAAUCCCUCCAGGAAUCUCUGGGCAUGGUCGAUCACGACGCAACAACGACCGGAGGAAGGGGCGACCCUUUCCUGGUCAAGAUGGCUGUCGACAAGCAGAUUGAGAAACAGAUUGACGAAGAGAACUAUUUGCAUCGGGCUUAUCUCAACCUCGAAGCGUCUGGCCGAGAGCUAGAGUCCAUUGUGGUCGGCGAGAUUCAGAAAGCAUACAAUGUUCUUGCUGGCAUUCUACGCCGCGAGGCUGACGACGCCUAUGGCACGGCCGAGAAACUCAAGGAAGGGCCACUGUCAAUGGCCAAGGAUCAUGAAUGGGACGAAUUUACCAAGAACAACAACCAAAUGGUGGAUCCAAGAAUCCCUAUCCGACAAGUUUCUCACAUUAUCUAUCCCGGAAAAGAUCAUCCCGCAGCAAUUGAAGUGAGGAGUGGGAUGCUUGAGCGGAAGAGUAAAUAUUUGAAGAACUACACUCCUGGAUGGUACGUUCUGUCUCCAACCCAUCUUCACGAAUUCAAAUCGGCAGACCGAAUUGCGUUCCAGUCGCCUGUCAUGUCAUUGUAUUUGCCCGAGCAGAAACUGGGCGCUCAUUCCGAGCUCGACUCAUCGUCGCACAAAUUCAUGCUCAAGGGCCGACAAACCGGGUCAAUGCACCGUGGGCAUGCCUGGGUUUUUCGAGCUGAAUCUCACGAAACCAUGUUAGCAUGGUUCAAUGAUAUCAAGGAGCUUACCGAAAAGCGAGGCGAGGAACGUAAUGAAUUUGUCCGCAGACAGCACGCUCGAUCACUUUCUGGCAAUAGCGUCAAACCCUCGAGCAUUAUCAGUUCAGAGGGCGAAAUGGAGGACGAUGAAGCUGAUCGCAUUGCCUUUUCCGGCGAACAAUCCGUGCGAGGAACAUCCGCUGUGCGAGGAACAUCUGCUGAUGGAGCCGCCGCCGCCGCGGCCGCGGCUGGCGCCGGUGGUCUCGGCGCGGCAGCGAUGCACGACGACGAGGACAACAGGUCUGAAGCCGGGUGGCGUCCUCCACAACGACCAGCACCAGGUGGGCGAUUUCCAUCUGAUCUCAACGUACAGCGCGGCUUACAAGCUCCGCUGUCCCCUUCUAGUGGAGAAAGUUCUGACCCAGACCGUGAUGUCAUAGCAGCAGCAGGUGCUCUGCCAGGCAGCGGAGUUCCUUUCGCCAAUACCACGGAAAAGCACACGGACCUGCAACCGGACGCGCAUCCACCUGAUGGACCAACACCGCAAAUGAACACGACAAGCCAGUACGCCCCAGGACACCACCCAAAUAUAUUCCCAGCUCGCCAAGCUCCCCCUUCCCAUGAUGGGGCGAGUCAGUAUGGUGAAUGGAUGGCACCGAUAGCUGCAGGGGCGGGAGGCGCGGCAUUAGCAGCUGGCGCUAUGCGUCACCACGACGAACACCAGCGGGAAAACCAGACUGAGACAGCUGCCCAACGACUAGAUGGUGAGUCGGCAAUACCGCAUUAUGGCGAAUCGUCUGCUCCCAUACCCAUAGCAACCGCGGCACCUAUCGAGGCACCAGCCGGCCCGCGGGCGAUGAGCGAGUCGACCACAGCGCCCGGCUCGGCUGUUGCGAAUACUGUGUCUUCAGGAACGGAGACAGGGACUCUGUCAACCGUACCAACUAGUACAGGUCAUGCGGCGCCGACUGACACCAUGUUCGAUACCAAUGGUGUCUUUGUUGUGCCCAGGACGUCGAAAACUGCCCCAACGGACUACGUCGUCAAGCCGGCGCAAACUACCAAGAGUCCGAAGAUCACCAGGGACUUCCAUGUGCCUGGAGAGUUUCCAGCGACGCCGGCUCUGAAUGAUGAUGCUAAAAUGUACAACGACGUGGUCCAGCAUUAA